ACGUGAUGAAGCACAAUCAAAAUAAAAAGUCAUCCAAAGUGCAGGUAUUUCUCCCUUGAGGCUCCUUCAGUUAUAAAUUAUUGACAAGUAUCGUCAUCUCUUGUUCAUUGUGGCUAAAGAUCAAAACUCGAAAGCAUCGCUUUCGUAUUUCAUUAUUCAUUUGAAGCUGCUGAGAAAUAAGUUUAUAUAUUAUUACAUGUAAACUAUAACUUUAGGGAGAACGUACUAUAUACUACAGUGAAGGAAGAGAGUUUGUUUAAACGUGCUUAAUAGAGUGUACACUUGUCUGGAGUAAAGAGUUUACAACGUGAAAGAAAAAGCAAGCAUUUCGCGUCAAAAGGCACGAAGGUGAAAGUGAAACUCGAUCGUUUCCUCUUCGUCUCAAGUAACAUUGCUCAAUACGAGAAGAGUAGUUGCGAGUCAACAUCGUAGUUACAUUUAAAUAUGCCUUCGGAAAGUCCAAUUUAUUCUCCGAAAGUCAACAACGACUUAGAAGCUUUAAGUAUUUCUUGUUUUAAAGACGCCAAAAAAACCAUGAAUUCAGAAUCUCCUACAAAAAGUGCUGUUACGAUAGUAAGCAGUCUUUCGUCUUCACAAAACAGCGACACUACUACUACUACAACUACAGAUAUUUCCUCUUCAAGUCCUAACAAAUCAAAUUCAAGUUCAGAGAGUCCUACGUUUCGUGAACGUUUAAGAUCUGCAAGAAAGCUCAUCCCUCAAUAUCCAGGACGGGCCAGACUCAUUUUCUCCACAGGCGACACCGACGAAAUCUCUAAAGAUGAAAGCAAAGUUAAAUCAAAAACGACGCAACGAACUGAUGGUUUCCGUUCAUUUUUUCGGGAACAUUAUAUUUUUUCAGAAUAUAAAUCAUUAUGUACAAAUCACCAAAGUGGAGUAUAUGUAAUGCCAUCUCUAAAGUCUUUACAAGUCUGGCAUGGUAUAAUUUUUUUGAGAGCUGGUCCUUAUAGAGAUGGAAUAUUCAGAUUUUUUGUCUUCUUACCAGAUGACUUUCCAGACAGUAGACCACUUCUUAAAUUCACUACUCCAGUUUUCCAUCCACAAAUUCAUCCCAAUGGAGUCCUAAAUUUGGAUAUUGCUUUCCCUACCUGGAGAAAAGAGAAGCACAGUGUAUGGCAAAUUAUAAAAUUUAUGAAAAACUGUUUUUACAAUGCUGACACUUGGGGAGCUACAAAUCAAGCAGCUAUAAAUGUGAUGCAUAACAGUCUAGAGGAAUUUAUGAAAAAGGCAGAACAUUGUUCUCUACAGUCACAAUUACUUUAUGACAAGGAAUUGGAAUCUGAAUCUUCUGUGGAAGAUGGAAAUUUUCUAAAAGCAAAGAAAAUGACUCAAGAUGAAUUUGAAGAAAGGAAAAAACGAAUGAUGCAAGGGAAAUCAUUUGGUUCAAGAAGUUGUGCGUCACAUUGAUGUUAUGGAAAUAAAAGGUGUCGCACAACAUUGUUGCGUUGCAGAGUUACAGAGCAAGCGUUGCUUGUAUUGCCACAUUCUGCAACAACAAAUUUUCAAAGUUGCAAAGAGAAGAUAGAAAUUUCUGCAAAUUUCUUUUGCAUGGAGUAGUAAUAUACGAGUAACAUUUGCUCUGAAACUUGCGAUGUAACAAUGUUGUGCAACAAGUUGGGCAAUUUUGUUUCCCGUAUUACUGUACCUUACAGUUGGAAUAAUUGGACAUGGGUCAUAUUACUUGGAAAAAUUAUAUAUGGAUACAGAGCUUGAGAGGAGUAUUUGGCUUUCAAUCUAAAUUCUACAAAUGAAUGUAACUUUUAAGCAAAAUUUCAAAUUUUAUUUUUCAAUGAUGUAAGAAAUAUUAUGAAUCAUACAACGAACAAUAUUGGAUAAAAUACCAAAAAAUAUUACAUAAAAAUUUACAGUAUUAAAUAUUUAUAAUAAGCUUUUAAAACAAUUUGUAAAUACUCAAAGAAAUAUUCUGUAAUUUUGCUUGAGGAAAGAAAGUUUUAAGAUUUGUGAACCAUAUUUUAAAGAAAUUUUGAAUGCUUAACAAAAUGUUACUAAAGUUUUCAUUCAGUUGAAAAUAUGUUUAAGUUUGUACAUAGAAACAAAUUGUAUAUAGCUCACACGAUUUCUAAAUUAUAACUCUUACAAUUAUUAUUAGAGGACAGAUAUCUGAUAUUGUAUAGUGUAUUGUUUUACCAUAUUCAUUAUUAAUAAAGGAUAUGAAGUUUUA